GUCACCCGUCGACACUCCCUUCUCCACAGUAGAGGGGGAAAGAUGGCGCCCACACACGUACUGAGAUGCUGUCAACGGGGCUUAGCAUGGAUACCUGUGAUUUUUAUCGCGCUCGUCGUCUGCUGGUCGUACUACGCUUACGUGGUGGAGCUUUGUAUAUUCACCAUCCCCAGCAUAGGAGAGCAGAUUGUCUACCUGAUCUUCUUCCACCUCUCAUUCGUCAUGUUUGUGUGGUCUUACUGGAAGACCAUCUUCACCAAGCCUGCUAACCCUUCCAAAGAGUUUUGCCUCCCCAAGGCUGAAAAGGAACGCUAUGAGAAGGAGGAGAGGCCAGAGUCCCAGCAAGAGAUCCUGUGGAGAGCUGCCAGCAGCCUCCCUCUGUACACCCGCACAGGCGCUGGCGCGAUCCGCUACUGCGACCGCUGUCAAGUUAUCAAGCCAGACAGAUGUCAUCACUGCUCAGCAUGUGACAUGUGUGUGCUAAAGAUGGAUCAUCACUGUCCCUGGGUGAACAACUGUGUGGGAUUCUCCAACUACAAGUUUUUCAUCCUCUUCCUGGCCUACUCGCUGGUGUACUGUUUGUUCAUUGCAGCCACCGUCCUGCAGUAUUUCAUUAAAUUCUGGACACUUUGCCGCAGGAAAUCGGCAGAAAACUGCCCAAAGAAUGAGCUGACAGACACGCCUGCCAAAUUCCACGUCUUGUUUCUUUUUUUUGUGGCCGCCAUGUUCUGCAUCAGUAUUUUGUCCCUCUUCAGCUACCACCUUUGGCUUGUAGGGAAGAACAGGUCGACAAUAGAGGCAUUCAGAGCACCAGUCUUUAGGACAGGCUCUGAUAAAAAUGGUUUCUCUCUGGGUUUCCGAAAGAAUAUUGCUCAGGUCUUUGGUGACCAGAAGAAGUACUGGCUGCUGCCCGUCUUCACAAGCCAGGGAGAUGGUCUGACGUUCCCCACCCGACUGGUCAACACCGACGUGGAGCAGGCCACAGUGACACUGCAGUCAGAGCCCAGUAAAAGCGCUGCUGACAUCACCGUGAGUCCACUCAGCGAGUCUCAGAAUCGCCUCCUGAGCAACGAGCAGCAUGCUAAUAACAUCGGAGACCAUCUGGCAAAUGACACCCUCAAAUCAGCUGAAAGCGAAACCAUUACAAUCUCAAUGGAGAGCGAGUCCUAACCAGGAGAAGCACCUCAGUCAUCUACUUCGAUGCCUUAAGCAAAGCUAGAGUUCAGUUUCUCAGCAGUCUGCCAGCAGAUGCCCAUUUAAAUCCAUUCACAGUAACUAUGGAAAUGCAGUCAUUAUCACAGUCAUGUAUUCCGUGGCAUUAGCAUUUCCACAUGCAGUGUCGUGAACGCAUCUCACACCUCUCUUCGUAAGACAUGAGACAAGGUUGUUUGCAGUUAUGCGCAUAAACAUACACACACAUACUAACAGUAUACUGUAUUCAUAUUUCUGUUGCUUUUUAAAAAAAAUUUUUAACCUCUCACAAUUGAAGUAUUUAUUGACGAGGACUGCAUUAAAGUGAAUCAGUGCUACUGCUGAAAGCUUCCCAGGUCCACCAAGACUUGGAGAUACAAAGCUGCAGUGAGGAGAGCCUGGAACAGCUUUUUUUGGUUUUUUAGAGAGGCAGUACACGAUGUGGAGAUGCAUCGAUUUACCCUUGAGUCUCAUGUUGUCUCAUUUUUUAACGAGUAUACGCGUAACAAUGAUUGACACCUCUUGAGAUGGAUGCUUCUCAACAAACCUGGACUAUCUUACAGAAGACUCCACCACACGGUGAAUCCGUGCACAACAAGAAAAACUCUAACCAGGUUUUGGGUAGACUUUUUUGUUUUUGUUUUUUUAAGACCAUCAGAGCACAAGAUGGCGCAUUUGCACUUUGUAGAUUAUCCAUCAAAGAAAAAAGUGCUGCUUUUUUUUUUUUGUUUUUUUAAACA